AUGGGUGCGGGCGGUGCGGCGGCGGCGGUGGCCGCGGGGCUGUGCUUCCUGUGGGUGCUGCUGGUCGUGACGGCAAAGCCGGUGGAGAUGGCACCCCGACGAUGCCUGCUCUCGCACUACCGCUCCCUGGAUCCCAAGGUGCUGAAGGCCACCCAGGAGCUGAGAAACAGCUACGAGGAAGAGACGCUGGGCUGGAGACUCCGCACCUGCUCCCUCCGAGUGAGGCGGGAUCCGCCGAGGCCGUCGUCGUGCGCCCGACUCCGACACGUGGCCCGCGGCCUCGCUGACGCCCAGGCCGUGCUGAGUAGCCUGCACCGGCUCGAGCGCUUCCCUGGCGUCGGCCCGACACUGGAGCUGCUGGUGGCGGCGAGGAGAGACGUGGCGGCCUGCGUCGAGCUGGUGCGACCACGCUCCUCUAGGAAGUCCUCCCGAGCGACGCGGAGGCGAGCCCAGACGCGCAGGGCGGACCCUCCUCGCUGCCACGAGGCCGCUGUCGUGUUCAACCUGCUGCGGCUGCUCACCUGGGACCUCAGGCUGGUGGCGCAGGACGGGCCGUGCGUGUGA